AUGACAUCAACAACAUCAACAACAUCAACAUCAACAUCAACAAAUAAUAAUAACAAUAACUAUGGACGUGGCAAUGUUGAACUUAAGGAUAGUGUUGGACUUGGACAUCCUAGAAUGUUAGCAAACUCUGCGAAUAGAAUAGAGGAACAAUAUGUACUCAGCUUACUUGCCAAGGCCAAAGAUCCACGUCAUCCCAAACUAGGAGAGAUCAUCUCAGUGUUUGAUAAGCUUGUAGAGUUGGCCAAGGUCGAUAUAAUGUCGUUGACAAAGCAGAACUUUGAUUACUUUCACAUGUUCAUGAACGUCUUGCUAGAGCUGCCGGCGUUCUCAUUGAGCGACAAUAGAGAUCUUCAUAUGAUGUUACUAAAGAAGUUGAACGGUCUGAUAUUCUCAAACAUUCUGGUGCAGACCUAUUGUUGUAGCGAUCGCUGGAUCAUCAAACUGCUCAAUCUACUCAUUGGAUGCACGCGUGACUCUGAUGUCAUUGGCGAGAUAUCCAUCACAUUGCAAAUACUCUGUUGUUUCAACAUCACUCCCAAAGAGCUCAAGUACCUCUUCCGUCUAAUGGAGAGUGUCGGUGAUGAACGUCCAUUCUAUUGGAGUGUACUGGUCGAGGUACUUGAGUACAUACUGCGACCGCGACAGGGUCCAGAUUCAUACUUCAACUUCAAUCAGAGUAAUGGCGGACUGAUGAUUCCAGAGAAGGUUCCAUUCGAUGGAGGAUAUACAUUCAGUUUGUGGAUCAAUGUGGAGGAUUUUGUCGAUCUGCGCUACGCUCCCAUCUUGUACAGCUUCUUCACAGAUAUUGAGACGGGCUUUGAAUGCAGCUUCCAAGGCCACUCACUACGCUACUCUGUCAAGACCAAGAACAAGAGCGCAGUGCAAAAGUCGCAGUUUGUCUUCCACCCCAAGCGAUGGUACUACAUCACGAUCGCACACGAGUACUUCCUGUUCAAGAAGAGUCAGCUGUCGUUCUUUGUCAAUGGCAAGCUGGAGGAGAAGAUCCCCCUGCUCUACCCGCGCAACGACACGACCUACACGCGCUGCCAUGUCGGCAACUCAUCGACUCUGAACGCUGGCUUCAUCGGACGCAUGGGCUCAAUACUGAUGGUGAACGAAGCAAUGACGCCCGUCGAAGUGCAGGCGCUCUACAACCUGGGCAAAGACUACACCCUGGUCAUCGAGAAGCUGCCACGCGAGGGCACCAUUGGCAUAUUCAACAACGAGAUGCACCUCGAGUCGCGCAAGAUCAAGGUGUUGUUCAUGUACUAUCCAAAGGCUACCGACAAGGCCCUGUGCUUCGAUAUUUCCAGCGGCGAGCUGCCGCAUGCCGCUACGAUGGAGGGCGUCAACAUCAUCAAGACUACUUCGCCCAUCGACCAGCUAUUAUACGUGGGCGGACUGCCUAUGAUAUACCCACUGUUCUCACAGCUAGGACAUCCGAUUAACGGCAUCGACACUAUGCCAGCCGACAUCAACGAGCAGACCACAAUCACAUCCACAUUCAUACAGUACAUCACCAUCCCAAACAACUCGACACAUAGCCCCAUCGCGAUAUUCCCGCGACCCACCAACUUUGGCCACCCAUCGAUCGUGUUCCGCCUGCUCAACACAAUCAUCGAGAACAAUGCAGUGUUCCUCGAGCAGAUCGUCGAGACACAGGGCUUCCAGACCAUCUCUUUCCUGCUGCAGUCGCUGCCGUCCAGCGCGCCAUUCUGGACGCCUGACGACAUUGAGACGCUGAGUCGCCUGCUAUCAUACUGCGCGUCCAACCCCUCACUCUACACGCUGUCAAUCGAGCAUCUCAUUUUCCGACUGUUCCAGCUCUGGUCCAACACGCACACACUCACACAGAUGGCCCUGUUUGAAGCGAUCAGACUGCGAGUCCAAAACAGCGCAGCAUUUUGGCGUGGCAACAUCAGAGUGGAGCGAUGGUUGGAGAUCAUGAAGCGUUUCUACACGCUUGAGAUGGUACUCCCAAGCGAGCAGACACCAACAUUUAUCGCCACAACAGAGAGGAUCAAGCGAUCGCGAUCGCAGAUCAUUGUAAUAUUGCGCGAGAGUUGUAUGCCGGUGUUCUCCAUGCAGGAGACGCGCUGGCUGGCGCUCUACCUCAAGGAGUCCACCGUGGAGAAUCAGGACGACAUCACAAAGAUGCUGGAGGACAUGCUGCCCGCGCAGCACCUCAACUUCACCGCCAAGGAUCUGUUCUUUGGCGAGCUCAUCAACGACCAGCCCAAGCCCAUCCAGCAGUUUGGCCCCACACAGAUCCCAUUGCCCAAGCACCUGGCCUAUUUAUGGGACAUUGACGUUACGGAUGAGAUGGCGCGACGCAGCGAACUGGUGCCUCUCGAUGAGAAGCACGCAUAUUUAUUGUAUCGCCACUGGAUCAAACUGCGACGCACGAGAGCUGGCAACCUGAGUGGUGCCAAGGUGAAGAAGUCAUUGGAGUUUAGCACACAGACACUGUACAACAUGCCACUGAUAUAUCGUCUGAAGGAGUUGGGCAUACCAAACACACACGCGGCUGCUGCCUCAUCCAGCGCGUCAAUGGUCACAUCGACAAUGUCACCCACGACCAUGUCCCCUACUACCAUGUCGCCUGCAACAAUGUCGCCGGCCAUGUCUCCGUCGUCCUCUCCGCCACGACCAAACAGCCUGCUGAACAGGACUGUGUCAUCAUCAGUUCAAAGCCCAGGCGCCAGCAGUAGUGACCCCUUUGGACAGAACGCGACAUCCCUGGUAGAUUACGAGGACACGACCGUAGUACGUUGGAAACUGGACCGCUCCGAGGGUCCAGGUCGCAUGAGACGCAAGCUCAAGCGCAACUACCUUGGCUCAGACUACAAGGGAUUGUCCAAACAGAACAAGUUUGGAAGGAAUAGACGUGCUAUCGUGGACAUCUAUACAUCGGACAGGGAUCGCUACUACAUCGAUCAUGACUCUGGCGAUGGCCUGGGCAGCAUCAUUGUUCGACUGCGUCUCGACCCACUACUAGACCCCAACACAACACUUGCUAUCGAGCGACAAUUGGGAGCCUCCAACUCAUUGUUGGGACUGGACCAGCAACAAUUGGACACAUCUGUGUCAGGCAGUGGCAAUACGAAUGCGCUCCAAUCACCUGGCAUCACACGACAGGACUCGACCAUUGACAAGUCAUCACUGAUGAGAACACCCACCAAGCUACAGCAUCAACACUCAAUACUCAACACCAGCUCACCGAUCAAGAACAGUCUGUCGGAGACUUCGACGCGCGACCUUUUGUCCCAGUCUCAGCAACUGCAACAGCCAGAGAAGAUUGUUGGCGUGUAUCAAUGUGGCAUGGUCACGCCCAUCGGCUUGAUCAAGGGAGUGCUGUCACUCACAACCCUUCAGCUCUGCUUUGACAAGUCACCGCCUCAGAUCGACGAGGUGACGGGCAAACUGACGCUGGAGCCAGACCACGGAUGCGUGCGCAUCAAGAACUACUACACAUUCAAGGUGAAGGAUCUGCUUGAGAUACAUCGUCGACGCUACCUACUGCGCUGGAACGCCAUCGAGGUGUUCCUGCACCACAAGAGCUACAUGUUCACGUUCGCCUCGGACAACGAGUCGGUGCAGGUGUUCAACAAGAUCACCGGACUUCACCCGCCGCAGCUCAAGGUCAAGCACGCAGACUCGCCCUCCAAGCUGAUCAAGCGACUCAACUACACCCAACGCUGGAAGAACCGUGAGAUCAGCAACUUUGAGUACCUGAUGCAUCUCAACACGAUCGCCGGUCGCACGUACAACGACACGUCACAGUAUCCAAUCUUCCCACAGGUGGUCGCGGACUACCACUCAGAGCACCUCGACCUCACCAGCGACGCAUCGUUCCGCGACCUCAAGAAGCCGAUUGGCGCGCUCAACCAGCAGCGUCUGGACACACUCAUCCAACGCUAUCACUCGUUCAACGAUGCAGAGAUCCCUCCAUUCCUGUACGGCAGCCACUACAGCAACUUUGGCAUCAUCGCCUACUACCACGUGCGUCUCGAGCCCUUCACCUCCUACCACCUGUCGCUGCAGAGCGGUGUGUGGGACCACCCGCAGCGCAUGUUUGAGUCGGUGGACCGCAUGUGGGACGGCGUGACCAGUCCCAACCUGGCCGACGUCAAGGAGCUCACGCCCGAGUUCUUCUACAUGCCUGAAUUCCUGACCAACAACGAGCACUUCCAGUUUGGCUUCCACAACAGCACGUCAGGCGACCUCAUCCUGCCACCAUGGGCGCACGAGUCGCCCGAGCUCUUCAUCCAGAAGAACCGCGAGGCGCUCGAGUCUGAAUACGUCUCGAUGCACCUCAACCACUGGAUCGACCUCAUCUUUGGUUACAAGCAGAAGGGUCAGGCGGCAGUCGAAGCCAACAACGUCUUCUUCCAUCUGACCUACGAGGGCAACGCCGCACUCAACAAAGAAGACCCCGAAGAGCGACGAUCAGUCGAGUCACAGAUCAAAGAGUUUGGCCAGACACCACCACAACUCUUCACCAAGCCACAUCCAAAGCGCAAGACUCUCAAAGAGCUCGACCGUCCACAAAUCGACAUACUCACCAAGUUUGCCAACCUCUUCCCCAACGCGCUACAAUUGGGCGCGGCGCAGGCGCAAGCCAAUGCAGCCAAUGCCGACACAGACACAGAUCAGCAACAACAAUAUCCAUUCAAGAUACUCAAGACCAACAGCUGUCUGCCACUCGUGCACAUUGGCGCAUGCUCAGACAGCGACACAAUCGUACUGGUGUACCGCGAUGGUGUGCUGGCAGUCAAUCAGUUCGUGCCGACACCCUCCAACAACCUACCAUUCACAUUCGACAUUGACAAGACGCUGUCCACGUACAAGGAGAAGCAGAUCGACACGCUGUUCAUGUCAGACUCGGUCACAUGCAUCAGCAAUUGUUUCGUGAUGACGCCCGACGGCAAGAUGCUGUUCUCCUGCGCCAACUGGGACAGCAUCUUCAAGUGCUGCAACAUCCAGAACGGCAAGAUACAUCGCAUCUACCGCGACUUCCACCGCGGCAUGGUCACAUGCAUAUCGAUGGGCUCGAGCGGCCACACGCUGGCCACGGCCUCGACCGAUACCACCAUCCUUGUGUGGGACGACGUGUCCGCGCUGAUCAAAGAGGCAAAGACCAAGCCCGCAUACCGACUGUGCAGCCACGACGAGCCAGUGCACUGCAUCGACAUCAACGAGGAGUGGGACCUGAUUGCCAGUGGCUCGCAGGACCGCAAGUGCAUUCUGCACACACUACGCACUGGCAACUAUGUCCGCACGAUGCUACACAAGGGCGCCGUAGAGAUUGUCAAGAUAUCGACCGUGGGCCAGACCAUCAUUUCAUACUGCUCCAUGAACUACUUGUACGUCCACUCAUUCAAUGGCAAGCUUCUUAAGAUGGAGCAGUGCGACGAGCGACUAUACGACCUCAAGCUUACUGGCGAGUCGGUCAAGAAGGGUGGCGUGCUUGGCGUUGGAGACUCAGUGCAAUUCCUGGUGACAGGAGGCACUCGUGGCGUCAAGGUUCGCAGUCUUCCCGACCUCACCAUUGUAAACAGCUUUGACAGUCCGACCACUAUCCGAACGGUUGCACUUGUGGCGCGUGAGAAGUACAUGAUGAUAGGUCUGAACGAUGGCAAUCUAGUGAUCAUUCCAUUCGAGACAUCAGUCUAA